AUGGGUUGUUGUGGUUCAAAAGAAAAAUAUAAUGGUGAAGAUGUACCAAAAUCUCAAAGAUUAGAAAAUAGACCAACCAAUGACGUAAAUGGUAAACAACCACAAAGACAACAACCACCAAAUAAAAGAAAAAACAAUACAAUUAGAAAAGGAGCAGCAUCAGCAUCACAACAAAAUAAUCCUACUUCAUUAUUUGAAAUUACAGAUUUAAGUUUAAAGAAUGAUAUUAUAGAGGGUUUACAAGAACAACCUCAAGAUUCAGAUCUAUUGGCACAAUAUGGUGUAUUAUUGUCAAUGGAGGGUAAAAAUAAAGAAGCAGAAGAAUCAUUAAGGAAAGCUGUAGAGGUUGAUACUGAUAACUCUAGAGCUUGGCAAGCAUAUGGUGAAUUUUUAGAAAGAACAAAUAAUCCAAAGAAAGCAAAAGAAGUUUAUGGUGAAGCUUAUAAACAUGCUGCUCCAAAGAUUGCAUUAGACGAAGAUGAUAGUAGUUUAUUAUUAAGUUAUGCAAUUUUCAUUCAAAAAUCAGGAGAAAUAGAUAAAGCAGAGAAAUUAUAUAAAAGAAUUGUUACUAGUGGUGCUCGUAGUUCAGAGUCAUUAGGUCGUUAUGGUUUAUUCUUAUUGGAGGUUAAAAAAGAUGUUGAAAAGGGUGGCAUUUACUUAAAAGAUGCAGCAGAUAUUGACCCACCAUCACCUGAAUGGUGUACAAGAUAUUCAAAUUAUCUUAAAACUUAUAAAAAAGAUGAAUUUGAAGCAACAAAAUAUCAAAAGAGAGUUAGUUUAUAUGUAAAUUAA